UGGCGGAAACUCGCCAGAUAAUGACAUCACCUGUUAGUAGAAGAAUGUAGUUGUAGUUGUAGUUGUGUGUAGUAGUUUUUUUUUUUCAUAAUAACAUGGUAUAACUCUUGGUCUAACUGUUUAAUAUCCUACAGCGUGGACUAGACCCAUUAAAAUACACCAGUCUGCGGUGCGCCCUGUGUAGUGGGAUUAAAGUGUUUGGCCGGACUGGUUGCCUUGACAGAGAGACGCCGGAAGAGCGCGGCUGAAAAAAACAACACACUCAGAGGCGCUUAAAGACGCUUCAGAAGAGAUACGAAUUAUGUCUUCGCCAUCCAUGAAUGCCCAGAGGCGAGAUGCCGGGCAACCCUCGGUUAUUAAAUCAAAAUCCAUACCCAGGAAACAAAGAAAAGCAACUCCACAACAUCCAUCAGUCUACAGAAUGACAUCCAAACGCAAAGAAAGAACUAGUGAAAAAUCAUUUGAAAGGAUGCCCCCGGAAAUCAUUCUCAGGAUUUUCUCGUACUUGGAUCCUGGGUCUCUUUUCUGCAUUGGUUUAGUCAACAAGCAUUUCCAGGAACUCUCCAACAGCAAUUUUAUGUGGUAUCAGUUUUACAUCCGCGACUGUAUGAAAAAGAAGAAAGCCGGUCGAGAAGGUCGGGCGAUACAUGAUCUCGGUGUGCAGGAGAGGCCAAAGGGAUACUGGAGAAAUGCAUUCUUCAAAGAAACUGCCGGCCUGAAUGUAAACAAAUGGAGAACAAAACUAAAACGCAUUGACCCUUAUUCAGGACUGCCACGACAUACAGAGGAUGUCAUAAGGAGUCUGUGCAUUACAUGGGAGAUCACAGUGACUGAUGGGAGAGGACGGCGGAGCACCUUUGAGCAGUCUCAUGCCUCCUUCAGCGGUACGGCUGUUUUCGUGUUCUGGGGGGCUGUCACUUGGCCUCCUUUCAACCAGCUCACCUCCCUUGAGCUUCACGGAGUGUUGCGGGUGCCCCUCGAUUGUCCUGCUCCUUACAGGCCAUGCUGGAAAUCAGUUAUGUCCAAAAUAAAGCUACAAGGAGAUCACUGUGAAGUGUGUGUUUCAGACAAGAUUGUCAAGAUGCUGUAUGUUGGACAGGGCGUAACUUUGGGAUUCUGGAAGGACCAAUGGGAAAUUGCUUUUAUCAUGGUGAACUUGCACAAUCACAGACUUGUAGAAAGAAGUCUUCAUGCAUCUAUUAGUCCACGUCCAGCGGCUGGAGUCAGUGCUUUGUUUGAUGAUGUGGACCCGGAGUAUGGUCUCCAUGGAUACGCUGCUUACAUUGAACUGCACGAUACAGUGAGAGUCAUCAUGUCUGACCGCUUUUCCCAGCUGUUUUGCAGAAGAGAUCAGAUUUGUGACGGUUAUCUUCCACUGGAAGUGAUCAGUGAAAAUAACAGAUCCUCAAAUACUUACCUGGUUGGAGAUGUCAGCUUGCCUUGGAGGACUGAAGCUUUACACGGAACUAUAAAGGACUGCUGCAUGAUCAACCUCACUGUGACGGAUGAAGCCAAGCAGCCUUUUUGGUGCGUCAGCGCUCCUGUUGUGAUGACAAAAGCAAGUCAAGACACGGUAUCAUACGAUUUUGGUGGCGAGGGUUUCUCCAUCCUAUACCGGGACUCAGAGGGGAGGGUGGAGAUGAGGCUGAAGCAGAUGGACUACAAGGAACAGUAUUUUGUGGUUAAUCUAGUGAUUUACAUUGCUGUCGCCAAAGUCAAUAAGCACUUUGGGAGAGAUUAUUAAAGACUUUGUGUGCCAUUUCGGUUUGCAUGACAAGCGUUUACUAUAUUAGACUUAAAAUCAAGCGAGGCUGCUGCAAGACUCGUCGGUUUGGGGCAAGAUUAAACUCCUGUCAAGAUUAUCGUAGCUUUUUCUUUUCAGGUUAAUGUUUUGGCUGAUCGUUUUUAUACAUUUUAAUAUCACCAAACACUUAAAUACAUUUUUUUUUUU